GUUCGCAGUUGAAAUCCUCUUCUGUAAACCUACACCAUGACCGGAUUCCGUGCUUGUCUUCUCCUGGCCCUGGCCAGCAGAGCCAUCGCUGGCUACGUCCAGGGCGGUCUUGGCUACGGCCACGGCCUCGGCUACUCUGGCCUCGGCUACUCUGGCCUUGGCUACUCUGGCCUUGGCUACUCCGGCCUUGGCUACUCCGGCCUUGGCUACGGCCAUGGACUUGGCUACGGCCACGUUGUUGGUCUUGGGAACGGCUACGGCUACUCUGGUCUGACCGGCUACAGUGUUGCAGCCCCAGCUAGCUACGCUGUUGCUGCCCCAGCCGUGAGCCGCACUGUGGCCACUUCCUACCACGCCGCUCCAGCCGUUGCCACCUACGCCGCCGCUCCAGCUGUCGCCUCCUACCACGCCGCUCCAGUUGCAACCUAUGCGGCUGCUCCAGCUGUUACCAAGGUCGCUACCUACCAGACUGCUCCAGCUUUCGCCAGCUAUGCUGCUGCACCAGUUGCCGCCCACGCUGCUGCUCCAGCCGUGACUAGGGUGUCCACCGUCCACGCUGCUCCAGCUGUCGCCACUUAUGCCGCUGCUCCAGUUGCCACCUAUGCCGCUGCUCCAGCUGUAACGAAGGUCGCUACCUACCAGGCUGCUCCAGCUUUCGCCAGCUAUGCUGCUGCCCCAAUUGCCACCUACGCUGCUGCUCCAGCCGUGACUAGGGUGUCCACCGUCCACGCUGCUCCAGCUGUCGCCACUUAUGCCACUGCUCCAGUUGCCACCUAUGCCGCUGCUCCAGCUGUCACCAAGGUCGCUACCUACCAGACUGCUCCAGCUUUCGCCAGCUAUGCUGCUGCCCCAGUUGCCACCUACGCUGCUGCUCCAGCCGUGACUAGGGUGUCCACCGUCCACGCUGCUCCAGCUGUCGCCAGCUACCAGACCUACCACGCCGCUCCAGCUCUGGCUUCCUACGCCCACGCUGCCCCAGUCUACGGAUAUGGCGUUGGUUCCCUCGGCUACGGCGCCGGCCACUUCGGUUACGGACACGGGCUCGGCAGCUAUGGUCUGAACUACGGGUACGGUCUUGGCACCUAUGGUGACUACACCACCCUCCUCCGCAAGAAGAAGUAAACUCCGCAAAGAGCUACCAUCCUAGACGUGAUCCACCAGGAAUCUAUGAAGAAGUGGACUGUUCACUGCCAACUUUUGCUGUCGUAAAGAGAGAAAUAAAAAAAAAAUGAAACUUCU